AGGCGCGAAGAAAAAACGAACAAAUGAAUGCCGUUCGAAAAAAGGUUCAAAAAUCGAACGCAAAUAACGUAGUCAAGUAUAACCUGUCAAAACAAAAAUAUUCCACUUCAGCUGACAGAAACUCAAGCCACGCAGGCUUUAGAAGUGCUUACAUCAGCGUUCCGGCAUUAGCGGCAUGUGAAGAGAGCACGUAAAAUGUACGAAAAUUUGUUCAAAAGCCCGCUGCAGCGUGUAUUUUUAUACGGAACGCUGAAACGCGGUGAGCCAAACCAUAAACUGAUAGAAACUAAAAACAACGGUUAUGCGAAAUUCAUCGGAAUUGGGAGAACGGUCGCAAAGUACCCUCUGGUUAUUGCAACUAAAUAUAACGUUCCAUUCUUGUUAAAACAGCCUAAUGUCGGUAAUCAUGUUACAGGGGAAAUAUACGAUGUAGAUUCAAACAUGCUAAAACAUUUGGACGAACUCGAAGAACAUCCAACGUUCUAUACUCGGGUUGAAGACGAAGUUCACCUUAUUCCAGAGUCUAAAUACAAGCAGGGAUUAUCCAAGUUUGAAGAGGUUGGAGAAUUGACAAAGGCCUGGAUAUACUUUCUACCAAAGUUCAAAUCGUCUUUGUUAGAUGGACCGUUAUAUUCAGCAUACAGUAACGACGGAGAUCACGGCCUUAAAUAUGCGGAAAGGUAUUUACGUGAUCCAUCUCACAAUCACCGUACAGAAGUACAGUAACGCAAGUGAGAAACAAGCUUGUUAACAAAUUGGUUACAUAUAAAAUGUGACACGGACUCUGUCAAACCGGAGGAUGUUUUCUGAAUCAGUCGCAGAUUGUUAAUCAAAAUUUCACCUACAUAUCUUAAGAUAUUCUCAUACUGUGUAACGUACCAAUAUAUAGAUAAUGUACGAUUAUAUCUUCACAAAAACUAUACGUAUAUAUAACGAUAGAUUCGUAAUAUGGGUAAAAUCGAUCGCAUGUUAUAUCGCGUAUCUAACGGCAUAAGUUUGUGACCAAGAAAAAUGCGAUUUUAGUGGCAAAAGGGCGUAUAAUUUUUUUCCCUCACCAUUCGCUCUGAAAAUGGUAAAAACUUGUGUAUCCCAAAUAUUCGAAGAUAAAAACACAAGGCAGGCGUAACCAUCUUUCCUUCUUGAAAACGCUCUGAAAACCAAUGAAAUAUAUAAAUAAAUUGAAAUCUGCGAAAAUUCCGAAAUGUAAAAAAAAUUCCAAUUAAAUUGUGAUUAAAUUUUAGCGUUUCUGACCAUAUUUCCAUGUUUUUACCCUAGAUAUGAUA